GUAAAGAGGUAGAGGGACCGAGAGGAAGGAAAGGAGGGUCGCCGCCGCCAUUGCUGGAGGAAACCAUGACCCGCCAGUGGACUCUCUCUGAUGGACUCCGACAACUUCUUCGAAUUUGACGCCUCAUUACCGCCUGAAGAUGGGGCGGUGGAGGGAGGGCAUGAGGACGAGGAGUAUGACGCCCUCAACGAUGAGACAUUUGGCUCGGCGGCGGUGGCAAUGGAUGGUGAUGACUGGGAGGAGGGCCACGAGCAAAUGGCCUCCCUCACUGAGGCUAAUCGGCAGAACAACAAGCUGCAGAAGGAAAGAGCUCUGCUAGGCGAACUUCAUCAGCUGAGCCUGGGAGGAAUGGGGGGCUAUGGUGGCCCCAGUAGUGCCCCUAUCUCUAUCAGGGGCUAUCAGGGGGCCCCUCACAUAGGCUCCUCUCUCCUUGGGGGUUCAGACCUGCCAGGAUCUCCGUCCAACAGUAUCUGGACUCCCUCCCCUGGGGUGGACAAGCUGCAGCCCAUGGGGUCACCUUCCCCAGUGACCAGCUUGGGCACCUCAGCCCCCCGUGGCCUGCCCUCCAUAAAGACUGUUGCUGAGCUAGAGCAGGAGAUGAAGCUGCAGUCAGCCAGAGGCCAGCCCUCUCUCCCCUUGCAGUAUCAGCCGCCCCUUAGAGCUGAGGACCUUGAGAAAGAAUUAGCUCGACAUUCCCUGGCCAAGGCUGCUGCCAACCAAGGUCCUCGACCACCCUUCCAGCGCCCACCCGGCCUCACCCAAGGAAUGUACCCAUGGCAAAUGCAGCAGCAACAACAGCAGCAGCAACCAUUUCCACCAAGACAACAGCAGCCACCGCCAUCCCAGCAGCAGCAGGCCCGCUUCAUGAAUGCCUUCCCUGGUGGCGGCAGCGGCAACAAGAGCAUCUUCAAUCAGCCCCACCCCAUGCAGCCCCCCCAUGGCCCCCCCCUCCAACGCCACCCUUCCCACCCCCACCACAACCAUGAAGGCAACUCCAACAGCAGCUUUGGCCCCACCCAUGGUCCCUCUCAUCCCUCCCAGCAGCAGCAACACGGUCAACACCACAGUAAUCAGCAACAGCAGCAACACCACCACAACAACCCUCCACCCCCACCUCACCAUCCUCACCACCAACACCAACCUCCUCACCACCACCACCUACAGCAACAACACCACCAUGGCUACAAUAACAAUAGCAACAAUAACAACAACUAUAACAACCAACACCAUCACCAGCAACACCACCACCACCAGCAGCCACACCACCCUCCACACCACCACUCGCACCACCACUCACACCACCAGUCCCAAGGGUAUGGGUACCACCACAACCAAAGGGGACAAGAUGGCAACUACUUCAACCACAAUGGCUCAGAACCUCAAGGCCGUGGCGGCUACGAUCGGUGGGGCUAUGACCGGCGACCUUAUGACCAGAGGGGAGGGCAGUACGAGCGGAAGGGUUGGGACGACCACGGGCCUCAGCACCCCAGCAGAACGCGCCGUGAUAGUGAGGCAGAGUGGGAGGAGUGGCACCGCUGCCGAGAGCUGGACGAGUACAGCUGCCUCAUGACGCCCAGAGAGAAGGGUUGGCUCAAGUAUAUACAGGCCAUGCAGCUGCACUCUGACAACCCCUACCAAGAUGACUAUUAUUAUGUGAUGCACAGUGUGAAGCAGCAGCGAAAAAGGGAAGAAGAGGUAAUUGAAAUCGAUGGCCUUCAGCUACUCCUGCCAGACAGAGGGAAGGAGGGUUCAGGGCGGGAGUAUGAGCCACCCCGCCUUGAAAACUCCCUGGGGAAACUGCAGGUGGUGAGCGUUAAUGCCCCACGAAAAAUAAUUGACCUGCAGGUGGUGCAUUUGGACCCUUCGCACCCCACCACACCCCUCCAGCGUGAGAUGAGACGACACAGGCACCUACUACUUUAUGUUGAAAAGCUGUUCAAUACUAUGAUGGAGCUUGACGACCUUGAGCGACGCAUCCGCCACCUGCCUGACUGCCCAACACGUGACAUGUUUCGCUCAAAGUCCCGGACGCUGGCAGCUCGGCUCUGGGCAAACAUCACAGCCAACCCUGAACGCCUCCUGCAAGUCUUAUGCAUCCGCAAGGGCAAGAGCCUAAUCUGUCGCCUGCUGGGUUGGAUGGGGGAAGGUGACCAGGAGCGGCUAGUGGUGACAGUACUGCAGAACAUGACACUUCUGGCCCGCAAGGAUGCCCACGACCAGCAACUGGCACUCCUUUGGCCGGCCACUGACCGCCUCGUGGCCUCGGCUGCUCCGCCCCGCCUCCUGGAACUGGCUGCUGCUUUUAUUAAUAACAGCUCUUCCUCUUCUGUGGCCUCACCUCAGAGGAACAACCUGUCAGCAGCACUGUACAACAAGUAUGGUGUGAGUCUGGUGCUGGCCCUGCUGGUGCGAGGGGAACAGGUUCACGCCGUGCUGGUCGAAUCAUCGGUGUGGCAAGAGUUUCUUUCUGCACUCAUCACAGCUUUGGCCACCUCCAACACUACGUCCUCCAGUGAGGGGGCCAUUCCAAAGUCCACAGCUGUAGAUGCCAGUAAAAAUGAGAUGGCAGGAGCUCUCCCUUCUGUGGCCCUGGCUGCCUCACCUUGCCGACCUGGGCAGCACCUGGCCCGCUGUGACAGUGUGGAGUCCAGCCUCCUCAAGGCUGCACAGGAAAAAAUGUCCCAGCUUGAGGCCGCACACUCCAAACCUCCACGCAGUCAGAGUCCAACAAAGUGUUAAUUAACUAUUCCGUAUGUAGGGUGGAGAGCGAGAGGCCAUUUUCUGCAGGCUUUUAAAUUAACUUAACAAGGAUGAUUGGUAUAGCCAGUCAGCCAAAGUCAGUCCCGUAUUUCUCCCUUUCGUCUUUGUCUUGGAUUAUUUCAGUGCUAUUUGUUUUUUGUCAUUUUUAACAUUUCAGAAUGUUAAGUACUCAGAUUACCUUAUGUUGUGAAUUCACAUCUGUUGUUGAGAAGGUGGUGAGUCUAAUGGGCGUUGUUACCAAGCCUGGGAAGGGUGAGACAGCCACCUUAAACUUGUGCACAAUGUGAUAGACAAAUUCAGGCUCAGUCAAGCAUUGCCUCUUUACUCACUGUUGGGUGACCAAUGCUGCAACCCUGCACAGCAACAAGAAAAAAUAUUUCAAAGCAAAAUAAUAAAAAGUAGUGAUAAAUAGCCAGAUGGGACAGUGGAUGCAGGGAUGGGAGUAGAAGUGCUAAGGGUGCCAAGGAAGGAGGAAGCAUCUCUCAAAGUGGGUGUGGGGAGGACAUUUUAUAUUGCAGUGAUUGAGUCAGACUGUGAUAGGAAGGUGCAUUGCCACAGUGCCAAGAAGGGUUGCAGCAUGCUCACCACUGCAAGUAAUAACAAUAAUAUUAACUAAACUCAUUUAGUUAAGAUGCCAAGAUAGUUGUGUUUUAUUUUUUUCAUCACUCACUGUCCAGCCAGAAGGUACUGUCAAGCAUCAGUACACAAUGUAAUAUUUGUCCUAGCUUUUUUUAGUUUGUUUGACUCUUGCUCUUCCUGUGUAGCAGAGUCCAUGGCAGCCACAUACAAUGCUACCUGUCUUGGCACUCAGCUCUUCAGUUAGCAUUAUGUAAAGUAAUAUCAACAGUUCAUUAAUUUCUCUCAGUGCCACAGUUGUGCAGCAAGACCAAAGUAGCGGCACACUUGUCCGCAUUCCCCUCCUCCUCCCUGCCUGUCUGCUCCCCCCACAAUUUUGUUCAGUAACUUAACAAACAUCUGGUGUACAUUUUUAUAUAUAUUUCUCAAGAGUCCUUGUUUGCGUGAGGUCCGUGGGAGUACUACAGGUUAUUUGUACAGAGCCGUUGUUAGUCUGUGGGGCGGUAUUGGUUAAGCCCAGGCCAUAUUUGUUCACGGCCUUCCAACACAGACCUCCCCGGCCCUCAUACCCACAUCAUUAUUUCACAUUUUUUAAAAUAAAACAUCAGAUGAAACAUAAA